UGUAAAUACACAAACCUAAGAGAGAUGUACUCUUCUUGACUCUAGUUCUCUUACAUAAGAAGAAUCACAAAGAGAAUCUCUUUUCAAAGUGAUUAGAUUAUUAAGCUUUGACAGUUAUUAAUGGAAGGUAAAGGACGAGUUGGAUCAUCAACUUCUUCUUUAACCACAGAACUCUUCGGCUCCAAAGAUCUUUCCCCGCCAUCUUCUUCCUCCGGAAUGUUUUCCUCCAUUUUCCCUCAUCCUUCUAAGGGUGUUGCAAGGGAUGGUCCAAGCUCCAAACAUGGCUCACAAGCUCAACGUAGAGAAUCUUCAACUGCACAAGAAGACAGAGUUGAGCCAUGUCAUCUAAGCUCUUCUCUUUACUACGGUGGUCAAGACGUAUACUCUCGAUCCACCACCAACCAAACUUACCCUACAGUAAGAAACGAGCGGCCAAGAAGCGGAGAAGACGAUGCUAAUGGACAGAACUCACAAGAUGUUUCAAGAGGAAACUGGUGGCAAGGUUCUCUUUAUUACUAAAGAACCAGUUCCUUUAGUUUCCUUGUAAAUGUCUCCAGAAACCCAUAAAGCUCAAGCCACGUACUAAUUAUCUACCGAACCAAUACUUUGUAUAAAUAAGUUAUGGACAAAAGGGAUAAUUUAUUAGGGAUUCGAAGAUUAAAAAAAUAUCUAGCAAAAUUGUAUUGAAUAGUACUUCUUGUAAUCAACUGUAUGUCUGUAUUAGUGUUAACUCUACUUAUUCUAUCUCAUGUUCAACAUAUUUUAGCA